AAAUAUGACACUUUGACGCUACCCAAAGGCAUGUGUUUUGUGUAUUUGUUGUAUUAAUAUAAAAAUUAAUUAAUAAUUAUAUUUUGUGAAUGUUUUUGAGAAUUAAGUUUGGUUACAAUUAAUAUCGAUUGUAGAAUCAAUUGAGUAAAUUUAAUACAACAUGGCUCGCGGAAAGGAUAAGAAAAAGCGAAAACUUGAAAAAAAGCAGGAGGGUGACGAUGUUCCGAAAAAAGUACCACACACCUUGGAAUCUCUCAGGGAAAAAGAUGAGACUAUGCCGGCAAACGCCGAUACUGAGGAGCAAGAAGAGGCACAAAAAGACAUGGAACUUGAUGAAAUGGCAACAUACUUUGAAAACGCAUAUGAGCCAAAAGUAUUGAUCACAUACUCAGAUAACCCGCACACUAAAACGAGGACAUUUGGCCGAGAGCUAAUGAAAAUUAUUCCUAAUUCAUUAUCCAGAUAUAGGCAAAGGUCAUCAGUUAAGAGAAUAGUUCAAUCGGCGAUAAGAGAGGAUAUGACAGAUGUGAUAAUAGUUAAUGAGAAUCAGAAGCAGCCCAACGGUUUCCUGCUCAUACAUCUCCCCAGCGGACCAACGGCACAUUUUAGACUAUCCAGCUGUAAAAUAACAAAAGAGAUGAACAAAGACCAUAGAGAAAUAACAAACCAUAGACCCGAGGUUGUGUUAAACAACUUCAGCACUCGUCUGGGUCUCACAGUCGGUCGCAUGUUGGGGGCGUUGUUUCACUUUGAGCCCCAGUUUAAAGGUAGACGAGUCGUCACGUUCCACAACCAGAGGGACUACAUCUUCUUCAGACACCAUCGAUACGAAUUCACGAAAGAAGGAAAACGUGCGAAGCUGUGCGAGCUGGGGCCUCGGUUCACUCUGAAGCUGAUCUCACUACAACAAGGAACCUUCGACUCCAAGCACGGGGACUACGAGUGGAUCAUCGCCGGCCGCAGGCACCAGAUGGAGACCUCCAGGAGGAGAUUCUUCCUAUAGCGUUCGAAUGUAAACCGACAAAGAUUGUUUGUCAGGGUCAAUAAACAUAUUAAAUUCAUGAA